AUGCAAGUCAAUUAUCCGAAAGAACUGCCUCCGACAUCUUGGGAUACGAAAACACCAGUUGAUGAAGUGUAUAAAUACAAUAGAGACUACGAUGUAACACACGAUCUGUUUCGCACACAAACAAAUCUGGACUAUGGAUACAAAAUACCUGAAGCGUGUAGAUUUAACAAGCAUACUUCUUGCAAUGAAAACUUUUUUAUUUACCCUCCUAGUAAGCAGCUCGCAGAUAGAACACCAGCACAUAAAGUACAUGGAACGACGGAGAUGAAAAGUUCGUAUACAGAACCCAUAAAACCAUGUAGAUUGGUUACCGACAAGGACCAAUUCAAACAUCCUGAUUCCUUGCCGCUUGAAAUGACGAGAGUUGAACCCUUUCAUAAAGAUAUAGAGCCGCUGGAUACAACAUACGAAGGUUUCGAAAAAUAUUUAGAUCCUUAUUUGACAACUAAUAGAUUACAUCAUAGACCUUUUACAUCUGAUGUAUUGAACAGGUCAUCGAACUCAAAAGACAUACUCACAUAUUAUAUUUUUUCAAAUACUCCUUGGGUCCGUCCAGCAAAACCGAAUAUCGAAGAAUGGCAACUUCCGCUCAGUAAACCUAAACCCCUUUGCGAUAAAGAAAAAUUUAAAGAUGAAGUUCGUGAAGUUAGAACUCACAAUAAGUUAAAUUGGGUACCCAGAACAUUCUCUACAGAGGCAAGAGACAACUAUAUACAACAAAAUUCUCGCCUCGAAUCGCGAAUACAUAACUACGAAGAAGAAGUCAGAUCUGAAUAUCAACGUUCGAUCGCAAAUUUACAAACGUCAACGCAACACGAACAAUCUGCUAUGAAAUAUUUAAAUACAACUGAAUACUCUCACAUCGGUUCUAGAAGACCGAUAUGUUCAAUAAUAGACCAAUAUUUUGAAAAGAAUAAAAAAUUAGCUAAGAGAGCUAAUAUAAUAUAA